CGGUCCACACCAGUAGAUGGCGGAAAUGCAUCAAUCUGCUGUUUGCCAACCGCCGAAAAGAUUUUAAAGAAGAAAAAGAAGACUGGGGCGAGCUCUUCUCCUGCUCACUACCGUUGUGCGCACGGACACGCCAAUUUCCUGCAAGAGGGCCAACUGCAUCUAAAUAACAAUGGGAGUUCAAGUAAACACCCUUAGACCUGGAGACGGAAAGACUUUUCCAGUGAAAGGACGGAUGGUCAACGUGCACUACGUCGGCACGCUGGAAAACGGGAAGAAAUUUGACUCCUCCAGGGACCGGGGCGAGCCCUUUAGUUUCAAACUGGGAGCAGGUGAAGUCAUCCGUGGAUGGGAUGAAGGUGUUGCUCAGAUGUCUGUCGGCGAAGUGGCAAGGCUGACCUGCUCUCCUGAUUACGCCUAUGGCAGCCGAGGAUAUCCACCCAUCAUUCCUGCAAACUCUACCCUCAUCUUUGAAGUGGAGCUCCUGAGUUGCUGAGCUUUUUUUCUUCUGUUCACUGAAACUUAUCCUUGACUAUUAAUUUGGGGUCUUUCUUGUUCCACAUCUAUCAAAAAUGUUAUUUUAAUUCACCAAAUAUGAUUGAAUCGACCAAAUCAUGUUUAAAACCAAAUGGUUUUAAAUUGCAUUACUUGGACAGUUUUCAAAUACCAGAAUUUUUAGCUGAUCGAUUUUUUUUCCUUUGUAAGUGAAUUUGAUUCCUAAAUUAGAUCUAUUGAAGGCAAAUCAAGAAAAUACAAGUGUUAUUGAACACAAUGGCCUUUGUGGCAAAGCUGUUAAAUUUUACAUUUUUUCCCCAGUGUUUUAAAGUAGUGCAUUUGUUAGUGAUGUAACCACCCCAAGUUAAAAAUGUGAUUUCCUUGGAUAUCUUUCACCAUAUAUUUCCUACUUUAAAACA